AUGAAGGCCUCACUCCUUCUUCUUGUUCAACUAGCCGCAAUUCACCCUGGGGGGCACGUAAUGCCGUUAGGUGCACAAAAAGAAAUGGGCAGAUACAAGGACAGCACAGAUGAAAAUUGUUGGAAUGACACGCACACAAGUGGGCAAAUCCGGGACGCAUCAACCGAGCAGAGGGAGAUGGAAAGGGAAGUAAGCACGGAAGAUUUUGAAGAAUUCACGGAUGAAAUGACGGAAACUAGCGCUGGCAGUGUAAAAGUAUACCCAAAAUACAAUAACAAAUUCGCGCAUGGUAGGAUGGGAAGAGGGACCAUUGACGACUGGGCAGAAUUCACGGACGCAUCAACGGCAUCAUGGUUGACAGGGAAAGAGUUGACUACAGAGAGCUACGACGAUUUCACAGCUAAAGUGAUGUUGAUGGGAUUACGACGGAAUACCCCGAACAUACCGAUGAAUUCACCGGUGAUGGAUUUGGAGGUGAGACCACGGAUGAAUGGGGUGGGUACACAGACGGAUCAACCGAAUACUGGUGGCCGAGACGUAAAGUGA